GAUUUAUUUCAAGUUCUAUAGUGGGAGACAUGAGCUACCUGACAGUGGACGGACCGAAUCCUUCGAUGGAGAAACCACCUGAGGAUGCUGAACCAAACGAGGACCUUGAGGUGGAUAAUUCAAAAAGUGUGCUGCUGAAGAUAGCAACUCUGUAUGCUGAGCAGCUGAUGAGUGAUCUGACCCUCGAAGUAGCUGGAGUUGGAUACCCAGCUCAUCGAUUAAUAUUAUGUGCUAGUAGUGAAGUUUUUCAGGUUAUGUUAAUGAACAGAGAAUGGAGUGAGUGGAGGGAAAGUCGCAUAGUCCUACAGGAGACACCUUCUGCGGCAUCAGUCUUCCCACAUUUUCUAAAGUAUUUCUACACGGGUCAGAUUAGGAUAUCCUAUCACACAGUGCUUCCAGUCUUGUCACUCGCUGACAAAUAUAAUGUUAAGGAUCUGGUGACAUUAUGUCUGAGCUAUAUGUCACAGCACAUUGCCCAAGCUGCCAAGCGUGGACAACUCAUAGCUUGGAUGCAAUACACCAUGGGUUGCGGACACAAUGAUGUUGCCAAGGCUUGCCAGAACUUCGUGAAGUGGAACGUGGAGUGGGUGUGGUCUGAAGCAGCACUGGCCGAGCUGGAGGGAGACACGCUGGUGCAACUCUUACAGCACACGGACCUCGUGCUGCACAAUGAGAUCACCUUAUACCAGUUCGUGGUGCGAUGGUUGAACAAGCAACGGGAGAAGCUGGACAGGACUGAUCUCAAUGAAGCAGAGAAGAAGCUGCACUGGGAGUCGCUGGUGGCGGCCGUGUUCUCGCACAUCAGGUUCCCGAUGAUGUGUCCAAACCAGCUGGCGAAGCUGCUGCUCUGUCCGCUGACCCAGGAGCACAAGGACUUCUUCAUGGAGAGGAUGGCCAUCGCCAUGAGCUACCAGUCAGGUCAGUACGAGCGGGUGGCGGAGGUGCAGCAGACGGAGGCGGGUCGGAUGCUGUUCACUCCUCGACUGUACACCGAGGACACGUGGGGAUCCAUCCUGGCGGUGGACAACUUCCACUCCCUCCCAUGCUACCACACAAGGACAUUUAUAUUCUCGACUCGUCCCACCAUGUCGGACGUCCCCCCUCACGACAAGCUUCUGGAGUGGACCGUGGACCUGUACCCGAAGGGCGUCUGGUUCAAGAAGAGCCUGCUCAUUGUCUGGGCCGGUACUUAUGAUGUUCCGGAGGUGGUGUUGCGCACAGUGCGCAUAUCGAUCACGUGCCAGAACUGUCCGGAGCCCGCGCUGGACCAGUACGGGGAACCAGAACAAACUGAGCCCGACGUCAGAGUCAAGAUCGGCGUGCUGGUGUGGGGCGUGCAAAAGGGCGUCGAGCACGUGUCGUCCGUUGUCGAACGUGUACACAGAUUUUCUGCGCAAAACAGAGUUCUGAACAUUGACGCCGCGCUCGACUUCGACGCGCUCAACACCCCGCUGUACUCACCGCCCCCCGCGCCCUGCCCCCCGUCGCACAGACGCUGUGCGAAGUGUACGGACGCGUGCGACACGCCGGAGGUCAAACACCUGCUCGGCGCCAACGGGGACCAGCUCAAGAUACAAGUAGUGAUACUCCCACUCACGGACUACUGCCACGUUGGCGCCCCGGAGACGACGUACGGAUGACAGGGCCGCGGUUUCUGUCUCUGUCGCGCGAAACGGACUUGAACCUAAUGCAAGAGUGAGAUGGCUAUAUAUCUCGCGUUUCGCUUGCUCGCUCGUCGUGACGUAGGAAUGUUGAAAUUUGCUGUCGUUGUGUGUCAAAGUACAAUUGACGUUUUUCCGUUUUCCUUAAAUGAAUUGACUUUUAAUGUUAGUAAUGUUUGGUUUUUUUUUAAUUGCUUAGAUGGGUGGACGAGUUCACAGCCCACCUGGUUUUAAGUGGUUACUGGAGCCCAUAGACUUCUACGACAUAAAU